CAAUUAGAAAUUAGCCAUGGAUUACUAAAUUAAGAAUUCAUCCCAAAAUGGUGAUUAUGUGAGAGAUGUGCCAGUGGCUCAACUAAUACAUGAGCGUUGCAUCCUAAUGUAAGAAAUACUCUUACUGGCCUUAAGAAAGUUUAGGGCAAGAAAGUGGGAGCAAAUUUUUUUCUAAGAAUUUGAGGGAGCACUGGGAAUAGAGAUCCACACUGAAAAGAAAGCUGGCAUGAAGAAGCUAAUUUAGCCUCACAAAGGUUCCAUAUUAUAUAGUACGGAAGUAGACAUAUUCAGAGUCUCAGCACAGGGUUUCACUUUCGUUUCCUCAGACAGAGAACAACCUCUAACCAAAUAUGUGGGUAGAUGAGCAUAUAAGGAAAUGCUGAAAUGGACUAAAUUCUGACACGGCAGACUGAAUAGUUAAAUAAGUCAAAUUAAAUGGCUGAAUAGUCUAUCAUCGAUUUUGUGGGUUUGGCAGGUCUGACAUCUACAAUAAUGAGUGAGCCCAACCUAGAAGAAAAAGAGGAGUGGGAGCCUGGCAAAGGUCUGAGCACCAUGAUUGUUCAAUAUAAGACUUCUGUCAUUGACAAAUAUGAGUGUGUGAUGGAGUAUACUCUUCCUUCUGAUGAACGUGUACCAAUGGAUGCCCGUUACAUUGAACCAGUGAUCUUUCAGAGAAGUAAAGAGCAGAAUGAGACUUACUUUGAUGAACGUUUGAGGUCUUUGCACUUUUAUGGAAUGAAAAUACCACAGCAACUGUUAUCAAAUCAUAAGAAUCACACUAUCAGAACUGACCAACUGUUCAGUCCUGAUUGUCAUGGAAAUAUACCAAAAACUGUGAUUCUCUAUGGUAACUCUGGAUGUGGUAAAUCCUUCACAUUACAGAAGAUCAUGUUGGACUGGGCUUCUGGAAAACUUUACUCAGAACACUUUGACAUAGUUUUCCUUCUGAAGUAUGAAGAGCUGAUGUGUAUUUCUGAGGAGAUGAGCUUGAAUGAGCUCUUGAGUUGGAGUAGCAGUUUAACAGCAGAUCAGAUCUCAGUGCUACUACAGUACUCACCAGAGAAAGUGCUCUUCCUCAUUGAUGGCUAUAAUGAGCUUAUAUCGUAUUUCAGUUUAGAUGAGUUUACACCUUAUUCAGGCAUAUGUCACAUGUCAUCACACCAGAGAGCCUCAUCUAUGGACAUUCUAAGGAGCCUGCUGAGGGGACACAUGGUGCCUGAUUCAUUUGUGCUGGUCACCACCAGAUCGCCAGAUGCUGAUGAAAAGAGCAAUAGGUCUGAAAGACUGCAGCGUUUCACUGAGAUUAUGGGUUUCUCUGAUAAGGGGGUGGAGGAGUACUUCCAGAAGUUCUUUCAGGAUGAGCAAGUAUUCAGGAAAGCAUAUGAGAGUGUGAAACCAAAUGAAAGUCUCAUGAUUUCCUGCUCUGUUCCUUUGCUGUGUUGGAUUGUCUGUUUUUGUCUGAAGCACUUAAAAGAUGAAGAUGAUGUGAGAGAGCUGAAGACGACCACCUCCAUAUAUUUGCACUUUGUAUCCACUGUACUGGAGCAUCACUGCCAGAGUCAGUCUGCCCUCACCCUGCUGAAGAAUCUGGGCCAGCUGGCUGAGGAAGGGAUGCUGGAACAGAGAGUGCUGUUUAAUGAAAGGACUGUGUUUAAGAAAGGCUUAGAUGCUGGCUGUAGAUUUUUCCUGUGUAAAGAAUUUUUGAACAGAAAGGGCUGCAAAGAACAAGUGUUCAAGUUUGUGCAUCCCAGCAUUCAAGAGUUCUUCAUUGCUCUGUAUUAUGUCUUGCUGGAUGAUGAAGAAGAGUCCUGCUGGAAAGUCAGUGCAUUGAUUUACUGGGAAGCCAUGGUAGGAACAGUUUACUGGCCAUCUCAGAUUUUGAGUGGUAAGAGAUCACUCGCUCCAGUUCUGCUGUUCUGCUGUGGUUUAUCUAAUGAGGAGGUGAGCAGCAGCUCACUGUUUAAAAAACACAACUUGGCUGUUCCUCACACUAUAAGAAAAAAGCUUGAGUUCAAGAUCCUUAAGCUUCUGUAUGAAGAUAAGCUGUUUGUUCUUCACUGUCUGUAUGAGCUUCAUAAUGAAGGAUUUGUGAGGAGAACUCUGGAAGAUUGGAGGUCUAUGCAUUUUUCCUGUAUUUCUCUGAGGAGCACAGACUGUUGGGUGCUGCUUUACUGUCUUCAAUGCUGUCCACACAUCAGAGAAGUGAACCUCAUAUACUGUGAUUUAACAGCUGAUAAACUGAGGAUUCUUCAGACAGCACUCUGUAUGUGUGAGAUUCUGAGGUUGACGGUGGACCACCUGUCAGAAGUUGUAGGUUUGAUCAAGGCGCUUGGUGAAUCAAAAACCUUUAGAGAACUAAAAGUUCAGGAGGAUGAAUUCAGUGAUGAGAGUCCCAGAUGGUCACUCGAUCUGUCAGUAAUAGAGGACAAUUUCCUGUUGUCUGUGAACCACUCAGGGAAGAAUCCAUCAUUUCCAUCGCUCUUAAAAAUCAGUCUUACCUGUCCACACUCAGAGAUGUCCAGCACUGACUGGACCCUCAUCUUACAGAGACUGGGGAAAACAAGAAAAUUAACAAAAGACUCUUCAGAGUGUGAUGAGCAUGUCACUUUGCUGCUGUCAUCCUUUCACUCUGUGGGUCUGAAAAAGAUUGAUCUGAAUGUGGUCAGUCUGACUGAGAGCUGGGCUUCUGGGAUAAUUUCUCUCAUCCAAACCUGCUACAGUCUACAAGAACUCAGUAUCGAGCAGGAAAUUGACAAAUGUCUCUACUCAUCUCUCAGUGUAUCAGUUUGCAAUGGAGAUAUCAGGCUGGAUGUGAGACUCAAACAGAUGUUUGAAUCUAUCUUAAAAAUCACUUUCAGUUGUCCACAAUCAGCAUUAAGCAGCUCUGACUGGAAAAUCUUCUUUCAUAUAUUUCACAAAGUGUCUGGACAACAUCCAAAUUCUCCAGCGUGUAAUGAGCAUGUGGACACUUUUUUCUCUUUUCUGCACUCUGUGUGUGGUUUGAAGAGUGUAGAACUGAUGAUCCUCAGUCUAAAUAAGACUUGGGCUCUCAGGAUUCUCUCCCUCAUACAAGCCUCCAACAGUCUGGAAAAAAUCUGUGUCAGUGUUACUGGUUUUCUGCUGGAGGAGGGACUCAAGUUACUUCAGGAAUCACUGACAGAUCCACACUGCACUGUGAUCAUUGAAGGGAGGAGGUGCAGUAAAACCAAUGACCAGUGCACAGAGGAGGACUGGAUAUGCAGCUGUAAUAAGAAAGUUAAGAUUGACUUCAAACCAAAAGUUUUGGAAGGGCUGGAAAAGCUGAAAAUCUCUGACUUUGACCUUCCUAGAGUGAAUCUUCAACUGCUCCCAGACUGUCAGUGUUGCAUUCACAUAGUUGAUUCUGAUCAGUGGGUUCAGGUUGAGCCGUUUGUUUGUAGAGAUGAAGGAGUGUCAAAGUUCAGGAUCAGCACUCAGCCCGGUCGUUACGAGUGCACCAGGACCAGAAUCCGAUGGGUUUGUGCUGGUGACGUCACCCUCCAGUACCAUGAAGUGGAUGGAUGUGUCCUCAAUACAGAACUGGAGAGGCUGCAGUGUGAGCGAAUUGGUCCAGUGAUGGAUGUCACAGUGAUUUCAGGAAUACUGGAGGAGGCCCAUCUGCCUCAUUAUGCCUGUUUAGCAGAGUCUGACCACUCUCUCAGAGAUGCUGUUAAAGUCCUCAGCAAAAAAGAUGAAGGAGUAUCUUUACAAUCUGUAGAGUUGACCCGUUUUCAUGCUAAAAUAGUCCAACCAUCCUUCUCUCUCACAACUCUAAUAAUAAAUUGGAUAACACAAUGGGAAGAACACUGCAAUCUUCUUCUCUACAUGUGUUGCAAAGACCCUCUCAUCCUACAUGUUUAUUUUUUUCCACUGAAUGAUAAUUGUUCAAAAGAAAAAGUUGAGCAGAAUGAAAAAUCAAGUCAUAGGAUCAGACAUCCCAGACCAGACAAGCCAUUUCGGAUGAAAACACCUCACCUUCUUGAGGUUCCUGAUGCCUCUGUCCAUCCCAUAGAGGGGAUUACAUUUAGAAGAGACACUGACCCAAACUUCUUCAAGGUCAAGCAGGAUCGAGAUGGUGAUGUACAAAUGACUCUUAUUAGAGAGGAGGAUCGAAUGACUGUGUGGAAAGCGACCAUUUGGAAAAAUGAAAUUGCCCAGAUAAAUCCAAGGCAAAUCCAAAAUGAGCCACAACUGAAUUGUGAGAUCACUGUGUCUACUUUUGUUAAAAAACACUGGUCAUCUCUCAUUGACAGAGUUAAAAACGUGAAGAGCAUUGCAGAUAAACUGCAUGAGCAGGAAAUAAUUGAUAAGGAGCUAUAUUUAGAAAUCACACAAACUAAUUUAACCAGUCGGGAUAGCAUGAGAGAGAUCUGUUCCAAAGUGGAUUCAAGUGGUAUGGUUGCACAAGCCAAAUUCAUCUCAGUUCUUCGGGAAAUGGAGCCCUAUCUUUUAGAAGAACUGGUAUGCUCUGAUUCUUCACCUUGAUCUCUAAGUUAUGUUAUUACCAUAAAAGAGCAGCUGCAGAUACGGCUAAAGCCCUGUUUACAGUGCCAGGCUUUCCGGGUCCACAAAAACACAUACACACAAUUUGCUGUCAUAUACAACAUAUGAUCUUAGAAAGGAUGUUCCAUGCUUUAUUUUUUAAUAUUGUCCCUGUACGUGGUCAGAGACAUAUAAUUUGAAAUUUGAAUAUUAUUCACCGCAAGGAUUAACUUCUCAGACUUGCAGACUAUUGACCAUAUUAUCUCACAGGAAACAUUUCAUGUAAUCUCCACAGUCUUCUUCCCCAUUGUUAGCCGGCUAGCCACACAAACAUUUGUUGCUUGAAACAGGAGACUGAAAACAAUGAUUUAAUAGAAAUGUUGUUACUUUGCUAUGGAGCACUGGGAGUCCCUCUUAAAAAGUUGAACAAAUCAAUUAUCAAUUUAUUAAUGAAAAAAUGUAAAUAAAUCACUUUACAAAUUUAUCAAUAAAUAGGCAUAUUUAAGAUGAUUUAAUUCAUGUUUUCAAAGUAAAUUCAACAAUUAUAUUGUCAAAUGCCAUGAAAGAAGAAACACAAUUUUUCACUGUUACAACUCUUUUUGGGCCAUAUUGUUUUUUUUGUGUGUGUAUGUGCUUACACUGUGUUUUGCAAAUUGACAAUGGAUGGAGUCAUUUGGCUAGUUAACGCUGAUGGAACAAAUCUGUGCUUGUGAUUGUGCAUGGCAUUUAAAAUGAAUAGUUCACCCAAAAAUUAAAAUUCUCUCAUCAUUUACUCACCCUUAUGGCAUUCCAGAUGUGUAUGACUUUCUUUCAUCUGCUGAACUCAAAUUAAGAUUUUUAGAAGAAUAUCUCAGCUGUUUUGGUCCAUACAAUGCAAGUGAAUGGGUGCCAACAUUUUAAAGCUCCAAAAAUCACAUAAAAGCAUUGUAAAUGUAGGGUUUGUUGAACUUAAGUGGCUUACACUUAGGAACAAAAGAAAAUCAGAGAGAGAGACAUUUUUCCGUAACUGUUUCUUUACUUCACUACUGCACUCUCUUUUCUUCAAUACAGUGCUGUGUUUAGUUUUUGUUGUUUUUCUCAUCACACAUCUCAGCCAGUGAGAACACAGAAAACAAACAAUGAAGUAAAUGCAGUUCUAAAACAAGAACACAGAUUCCACAUUUAACAAACUGACUCAAAUUUGCAGCAAGUAUGAAAGCUGGACUUCAUAUUAAUUUAUAGAAAUGAACUUAUAAUAAUGAAUAUAUUUCUUUCUUUUUUUUUUACUUUAGUACCUUACAUUUCUUCCCCCAC